CCUCCCACAUUUAUCGCGUGUCUGCCAGGCACUCAGUUCAAAGCUAUCAUCACGGAGGGACUGAGGACUUGGCCCUCCACGUGGAGUUCUGAUAAUCUUUGCUCCCUGCACUGAUAUCUCAGGAAUUCUGCAUCUAUCUGGAAAGGAAUUUUAACAUUCGAUUUCAUUUCCCUGAAGUUACUCACCUGUAAACGGGAGUGAUAAACCUAGCUCAGAGAGGAAUUGUCAAAAGGCAAUGGAAAAUAUGCAUGGUUGGCACUUAGUAAUAAAUAUGCAUGCUUGUAUAUUUAGUAAUAAAAAUAUGCAUGCUUGGCACUAAGGCUUGGCACUUAGUAAUAAAUAAGAGAAAGCAAACAUCGUUCACUUAUUAUUGGGCCGUUGAGAAAGAGGGCGUCUUUGAAAGCUGUCGGUGUGAAACUUGGAAAAAUCUUCCCUUGGGGGACUGAACUCGUCCUUCUCCAACCUGGCUUCUUCUUGGGAGCUCCCUCCCGGUGGACUCCGGACACGGUUAGCUGAGGGCAACAGUCCUGCCCAGAGUGAUGUCCCAACUCCAUCCCGGAGCUGAAGCAGAAAGUGGGGGACAGGAAGUGAGCGCGGGUGCCGAUUGGGCGAAGAGCGCGGCGCGGGGGCAGCUCGGGGAGAACCCGGCUGGGAGAGGAGGGACGGGUCCCGGAGCAGAGUCGCCCAAAGUGCCCGCGACGGCUGGCCCGGGGCGCGCGCGCGGGGGGCGCCCGCGGCCGGCGUUGCUGCUGCUGCUGCUGCUGCAUCUGCGGUGGCCCCAGGUCGCCGGCGCUGCGGGAGCGCCCUGGAGCGGGCCGGGUACCACCCCGCACCUGCAGAGCAUCUUCCUGGGCCGCUGCGCCGAGCAGAUCGCACUGCAGAACCCGGACCUGCGGGACAAGAACUGCACAGCCAUCUGGGAAGCCUUUAAAGUGGUGCUGGAUAAGGAUCCCUGUUCUGUGCUCCCCUCGGAUUAUGACAUUUUUAUUAACCUCUCCAGACACUCCAUUCCCAGAGACAAGUCCCUGUUCUGGGAAAACAACCACCUCCUUGUCACCAGCUUUGGAGAGAAUGGCCGCCGCUUUGUACCACUCUGCAACGUUCUGUAUGGCAGGGUCGGAGAUUUCUUGAACUGGUGUCGACAGACAAAUGCCUCAGGACUCGACUACCAAUCCUGUCCAACAUCAGAAGACUGUGAAAACAACCCUGUGGAUUCUUUCUGGAAAAGCGCAUCCAUCCAGUAUGCAAGAGAUAGUUCUGGGGUGAUCAAUGUCAUGCUGAAUGGCUCAGAGCCAGCAGGAGCCUAUCCUGUAAAAGGUUUUUUUGCAGAUUUUGAAAUUCCCUACCUCCAGAAGGAUAAAAUCACACGAAUUGAGAUCUGGGUGAUGCAUGAAAUCGGAGGACCCAAGGUGGAAUCCUGUGGAGAAGGCAGCGUGAAGCUCCUGGAAGACAGGCUGGACGAGAUGGGUUUCCAGUACAGCUGUAUCGAUGACUACCCGCCAGUGAAGCUCUUACAGUGUGUGGAACACAGCACUCAUCCUGACUGUGCCUUAAGUUCGGCAGCAGCAUCUACUCAAAGGGAAGCCUUUUAUGCAGUACAAGGUGCCUACUUUAUCUUUCCUCUUUUAGCAGCUUUCACUUCAGUUGCUCAGAUGUAACUAGAAACUCAGUUAUGCUGCCCUAAGUGGCCCGCACACCUGAAGCCUGUCCUUGCUCAGUCAUCCUUGUUCUGUAUACACCAAGUGGUUCCACUGUCUAAAGAAGCUUCCUGCUGGCUGAACAAUGUUCUGAAAUGGAUUGUGAGUGAUAUACAUGCUCAGGAUUUCAGAAAUUAAUCUAGCUCUAUUUAGCUGGUUAAAAACAACUUCAUUAGAGCAAAGUUAAUUAUUAUUUUCUUAUUUUCAUAAUAUAAUGCAUUGAGACACAGACUGUCUUUUAUAUAAGCAAACAUUUUAAGAAAAUUUUAGUACAACUGUGUAUAUAUUUUCAUAUAUUCUUAUG